AGGUUAGACAGAGGCACAGAAGCAUUACACUGAGUUUCAUGACUGUUCUGUGGAAUGCACACAUGCAGAUUUAAUUGGACACCAUGACAGCAGAGGAGACGAUUAACAUCAAGGAAGUAGAGAUCAUCAAGCUCAUCCUGGAUUUCCUCAGCUGCCGAAAGCUUCAUAUCAGCAUGCUCGCCCUGGAGAAAGAGAGCGGUGUUAUUAAUGGCCUCUACUCGGAUGAUAUGCUCUUUCUCAGGCAGCUGAUAUUAGAUGGACAGUGGGAGGAGGUUCUUCAGUUUAUUCAACCACUGGAGAAUAUAGACAAAUUUGACAAAAAGAGGUUUCGUUACAUCAUUCUGAAACAGAGGUUCCUGGAAGCGCUUUGUGUGAAUAAUGCCAUGUCUGCAUCAAAUGAUCCUCAAAACAUUGAGCUAACCAUGCAAGAGGCAGUGAAGUGUCUGAAUGUUCUCGAGGAGUUAAGCCCAUCCAAAGAGGCCUAUAGCAAACUGUGCCUGCUGUUGACACUCCCUCAGCUCACACACCAUGUUGAGUUCAAGGACUGGAACCCGAGUACAGCACGUGUACGCUGCUUUGAGGAGGCAGGCUCUUUGGUGGCAGAGUUCAUUCCAGCUGACCGCAAGCUCAGUGAGGCCGGCUUUCGGGCCGGCUCAGACCGCCUCUUCCAACUGCUGGUUAAGGGUGUGCUGUAUGAAUGUUGUGUGGAGUUCUGCCAAAGCAAGGCAACAGGUGAGGAGAUUGGUGAGGCUGAGGUUCUGCUGGGCAUUGAUGUGCUAUGUGGCAGUGGCUGUGAUGAACCUGACCUGAGCCUGAUCUCUUGGCUGCGUAACCUUGCGCCUGCCACCUUUACGUGUGCCUUUGAGCAGAAGAUGCUCAAUGUCCAUGUGGACCAGCUGGUAAAACCAACACGGGCAGGCCACACUGAUCUGCUUGCACCACUCUUUGCCAAGUUUUCACCUUCCCCAGUCUCACCACUAAGACGCCCUCAGUCAGCUGAAGCAUACUUAUCACGUUCCCUCAACCCAGCACUAGAUGGUCUGUCCCAUGGCCUGGCAGGAAGGGAGAGGAAAAUCACAGAGGGUGAUGGAAAAGAUACUGCUCCAAUGUCACACUCUUUUGCUAGCUUUGGCUUAAAUAGCAGCCACAAUGUAGCAGACAAUAACAUCUUAAUGGAGACACCAGACAGCAGUUCUAGGUCACACGCACAAAAAGAGAAAAUGAACACUUCAGUAGAGCCUAACGCACUCUGUGCCACUCAGCCCCUCGAAAAGGUUGGAGAACUUCCUGGUUCAGUUAAGAUGACCGAGGAACAGCUGCAGGAGUUUCAGCGUCACCGACUGCGUGUGCAGCAUCAUUUGGAGCAGAAGCAGCAGCAUAUGCAGCUCUACCAGCAGAUGUUGCUAGAGGGAGGAGUGCAGCAACCUAGUCAGGCCUCAAGUGCCAGCCAGCACAACCUCACACAGACCUUCCUCAACAGGUCCAUCCAAAAGUUGGAGGAGCUAAAUGUAGGGAUGGAAGACUUGGGGGAGAACAUGCAAGCCUUGGCCCAACAGUGUAAUGGCUCACAGUCUGAAGCGCAGCACACACGUACACCCGAAUCCGAUGGAACAGGCAAAAGCAAAACUGGUGUGACCAGCAGCACCCCUCAGAGAGGAGAUAUUCGGGGCAUGCCUUCACUAGAGGAGUCUCCAGUGUUGGUCAGCCAGAGUGUGUUUCAGGAUGACAAGCCCAAGUCCCCAUUCAUAGCAGUGCACAUACUAGAAGACACACAAGCUGUGCGAGCCGUUGCAUUUCAUCCUUCUGGAACUCUCUAUGCUAUCGGCUCUAAUUCCAAAACCUUGCGUGUGUGCAUGUACCCACAGGACCUUAGUGUGAGUGCAGAAAGUCCAGUGAGGCAGCCUGAAGUCUGUUUCAAACGCAACAAGCACCACAAAGGCUCCAUAUACUGUGUGGCCUGGAGUCCAUGUGGCCAGCUUCUUGCUACAGGCUCCAAUGACAAAUAUGUCAAAGUCCUGCCUUUCAAUGCUGAAACCUGCAAUGCUACAGGGCCAGAUCUGGAGUUUAGUAUGCAUGAUGGGACCAUUCGUGACCUGGCAUUCAUGGAGGGUCCAGAGAUUGGUGGAGCUAUUCUUAUUAGUGCUGGAGCAGGUGACUGCAACAUCUAUACCACUGACUGCCAAAGAGGACUAGGCCUACAUGCACUUACUGGACAUACAGGGCACAUCCUCUCCCUCUAUACAUGGUGCGGUUGGAUGGUAGCAUCUGGCUCUCAGGAUGAGACUGUGCGUUUCUGGGACCUGCGUGUACCCAGCUGUGUGAAAGUGGUCAGGAGUGCCCUGCAUGGACCUGGAAGUGCAGUGGCCUCUGUGGCAGUGGACCCGACUGGGCGGCUCCUGGCUGCAGGGUUGGAGGAUAGCCGCUGUAUGCUGUAUGACAUCAGAGGGGGUCGAAUAGUUCAGGCAUACAAUCCCCACACCAGUGACAUUCGUUCUGUCCGUUUCUCUCCUGGAGCUCACUACCUGCUCACAGGUUCCUACGACAGCAAAGUCAUGAUUACUGAUCUACAAGGAGACCUAACGAAGCCAUUGCCAGUAGUGGUGGCUGGUGAACACAAGGACAAAGUGAUCCAAUGCCGGUGGCACACAAGAGACAUUUCUUUCCUGUCUUCUUCUGCAGACAAGACUGUCACACUCUGGGCUCACCACCCAUAACCUACUCUUAUAACUAGUUCUAACAGA